ACACACAGUUUGCGAAGCGACACGGAGCAGUCAUGGGCGGCGCUUCCCAUGGCCCGUCCGCGUCUUCGCUUUUCCCACCUACUGCGGCAGUACUUUCCGCGGCGCCUGAGAUGGUCCGAAGAGUCCAAGCGUCGUUUGGGUCUUCUAUGUGGCCAUGCAGGCUACGUGACGGGGCUCUUCGAGUACGUGAUGACCGACAUACUACACCUGCGCAUCUUUGCCCUGACCGGCUGCGCGCUGAUCGUGAGUUUCCAGGCCUUGCAGCCGCGAAGGCAGUGGAUCUCCGUCAGUUGGAAUUCCAUCUACUGCGCCGUGAAUUUGUUUCACAUUUCGCUUCUACUCCAAGAACGACCUCGAUCCCUGUGCAAGGAAGAAGAAGAAUUGCAACGAGUCUUGGGGGAGCAUGUGCUGCACCAGCAAAUUCUGUCGUUGUCAGAGGCCGGCGAAUGGCAGCGUCUUUGUGGCGGUCUGCUAGUUGAAGAGGGCCAGGAGCAAAGUGCGCAGGUUCGGAUUAUCGUCAGCGGCCACUGCGAUGUGUACAUCCGUGGCUUAAAGGUGGGUGAACUGUCACCUGGUGCAGCGGUUGGGGCUGAAGUGCUGGCCCUGCGAUUGCUAGGCCCUGCUACAGCGACUGAGACAGGUGAAGAAGCUGUGGCAAAAGCCACAGUGGAGUGCAGAGACGAGGUCUUCUGCUUGUGCCUCCCUUGGAGCUGGCUGAAAUCAGAGCCAAAUCUCAUGGAGGCGCUGCGGAAAGGAUUUGCAACCUCACUGGCAGCACAGGUCGCUGCGGGGGAUAAGGCCGCGCGUUUGUUGGAGUAUGGCGCCGUCUUAGAGAUGGCCUGCUAUUCCGCCGCUUUGGUGCCGGACAGUGGCGCUGCGCCAAGUGGCCUGCGCCGCGCGGUGACGCGCAUUUGGGGCCCGUCGCCGCCUAGCACCUCGCCCAAGCGAGGCUCCACACGGAAGGUCGCGGUCGGGUCCAUCCCGUCCUUGACGGUGCCAAUGCUGGAGGAAGCUUUGGAGCGUCUGCGUGCGCAGCUGGGCAUCUCGCAUGAGGAGCAUUGCAUGGUGGUUGAAACCUUGCCGAAAGACUGCCAUGGCAACAAGUUCCUGCGCCUAUCGGGGGAGCUGGCGGCUGACUGAUGGAGCGCCUGCACUGCGAACGUUCUCGUGGAAAAGCU